GUCCUUGAGUACAAUGUUCGAAGAACGCUGCAUAAUAUGCUCACUUAAGUACUGACUGUUACGCUGCGCGAGUACCUAUAGUUACACAGAUAUUUCAUGAAUUAGUUUGUUUCGACGACCGGUUGAAUCGACGACAGUUUCAAAUAUAAAGUUCGUUUUAAUUUUUAAAUGUUUUUGUUUUGUAUCAACAACUUUUAUUGUGCGCUGAUGACUACGUAAUAACCAAUAACUAAGUUUAUUGACUCUCAAUGGUUACAAAUUACAUAUUGUUAAUGAUAUAAUUUUAUUCUACGACUUCCAUACAACAUUGAUGCAUCGAUUUGGGAUUCAUAAAGUCCAACCAUAUUAAUACAUUGAUUUAUUACGCAUUUCAAUAUACUAUAUUAUAGUAUUUAAUUACUAAACGUAUAUCUAUAAAUUUAUAAAAAUAUAAUUAUUAAGUCUAAUCAUGGAAAUGGCGACAAACACAGAUAAUAAAACAAAUGUAGACGAAAGCAAUCAAGGCUGUACCACCAUCUCUUUCGAGACCCACGAAACUCAUCCGAAAACGUGCAAAGAAGGAUUCGACAACAAAAGAAAUUGGCUUUUUCCACGAUUGCUGAUAAGUAACAACAAACAAUUUGCACUAAAAUGUCUGUGCCAUGGAAUGGUCUUGGCUUAUAUAUUAGCUGCCAUCAACCAUUGGUAUUUAAGCGACGUAAAAGACGUCGGCUGGAAAAACGGAUUAGGUCUACUGAUCAUCGUGACCACGUGUUAUUACGGUAUACAGCCCGUCAGAUUCCUGUUCACGUUGAUACCUACUGUGAAGGUGUUACCUCACGCACACUUCAAAAUCGGAGUGCUGUGUACUUUCUUAGGGUCAUUCGUUUUAUUCAUUUUCUUCGACACAAAAAAUAAUAGACAUAGGCUAGUGCCAUUGGCUGGACUUAGCGUAUUUAUUCUCCUUGGAUUCAUAUUUUCCAAACACCGUAGACAUGUGAAUUGGAUCACAGUUGCGUCCGGAUUAGCCACUCAGAUAACUAUAGGAAUGUUGACAAUCAGAUGGCAAGUCGGCCGAUCUAUAGUCCAGGCAGUUGGAGAAUUGGCCGAUAAGUUUUUCUCCUUUGCGUACGUUGGUGCUAAGGUGACGUACGGAAAUGAACUAAUCGACAAUUAUGGUGUAUUCGCAUUUAAGGUGCUUUCAGUGUUAUUUUUUAUGUGUUUUAUAAUUGAAAUACUAUUUUACUAUGGAAUCAUACAGACGGUAGUUAUAAAAUUAGGAUGGUGCUUGCAAAAAUUACUAGGAACGACAGCAGCCGAAUCAGUUAAUACCUGUGCUAGCGUGUUUUUAGGCAUGUCAGAGGCGCCUAUUAUCAUCAAACCAUAUUUACCUGAUUUAACAGAAUCUGAAAUCCAUACCGUUAUGAUGGGAGGAUUUUCAACAGUAGCUGGCACUGUAUUUGCGGCAUAUACAUCAUUCGGUAUAGAUCCGGCUUACUUAAUUACAGCAUCAGUAAUGUCAGCUCCAACUGCGUUGAGUUUCUCUAAACUGAUUUUCCCAGAAACUGAAAAAUCAUUAAAUAGUAUAGAUCAAAUAUGUACUAAAAAGACUAACGACGAGGGUAACGUGAUGGACGCGGCUUGUAAAGGAGCCCAGUUUGGAUUGAAAAUAAUCGGAGCGAUUGUCGCCAACAUAGUGGCGUUCGUGUCGUUUGUUGCGUUCAUCAACGCAAUAAUAACGUGGUUGGGACAUUUGGUCGGAUUCGAAGAUCUAUCAUUCGAGUAUGUAUUGGGCAAGAUAUUGAUACCUGUCACGUGGCUGUUGGGCGUUGAUCCUAGCGAAUGUGAAGCUGUCGGCAAAUUGAUCGGCUUGAAAAUGACAAUUAACGAAUUUGUGGCGUACAAACAAAUGGGCGAUCUAAUUAAAGAAGGCAAGCUUAACCGCAAGUCGGAAAUCGUCGCCACUUUUGCUUUAUGCAGUUUCGCCAAUCCAGGAUCAAUUGGAUCGAUGAUUGCCACAUUGACGACUUUGUGCCCUACACAGCGAUCAUCGAUAACCAAAAAUGUAUUUAGGGCAUUUCUCGGUGGUACGGUCACUUGCUUUUUAACGGCCGCUAUUGCUAGUUUAUUAAUGCCCGACGAAGGAUUACAAAACUAAAAGCAAUAAAUUAUCUUUGUAAUUUUUGUAUAUGUAAUUUUUUAUAUAUAUAUAUAAAUGUAUGUGAUGUAUUAUUGCUAUCUACAUAAUAGCAAACUUACACAUACCCAUUUAUUGGUAUAAAUUAUACCAAUUAUAUUUUUAUAAGUAAUAUAAUAUAUUUUAUUAUUGUUUUGAACA